UACUUUCCCCGUUCAAAGUUUGCUCAACGUUGUGUCGUGUGUGGUAAAAGUCGCCUGCGGUCAGGUGCGUUUGUCGGAAAAAUAGUGCUAAUCAACCGCAGAACACCCUGGAAAAAGACCCGUAAAAAAGAAUCAUGUAUCGCUUGCUAGUACAAAAAACGUUUUUCAACGGAUCGAAGAGGCAGACUGCUCAGCUAGUGCGUAAUUUAGGCACUCGAGGAUCUACGAAUACAAUAGAAUUUCGUGAAGCCGGCUUUGGGAAGGUACUAGUCGUUUUGUCGCCAUUUCUUGUUGGUGGUGGGGUGGUUGCAUACGCCAAGUACGACAACGAAUUUCGUAAAACCCUGGUCACCAAUGUUCCAGCUUUGGAGCCCGUUUUAGAAGUGCUUCUGCAAGAAAAGAAUCCUUUGGAUGAUGUUUCCAAAAAGUUAGAUGAAAUUUCCAGCAGCAUUAGCGGUUACACUUCUAGCGUCACCAAUUUUUUCACUGGUGGAAAAGAAGAAAAGAAACCAGAAAAACCUGUUGAGCUGCCGCCAGUGACCCGUUCCAAGUCGGUGCAUGUGCCUGUACCGUCACCACCACUGCCGAAACCAGAGCCUUUAGCGGAGAAAGCAGCAAUUGAGCCAAAAGUUUCUGCUAAAACCUCAGCCUCAAUCGGAACACCAGUCAAACCAGUGCCAGCCCCGGCUAAAGCCGCAAGUCCUGCUGUGGCUCCAAAACCUGUUACGCAAGUUGAAGAAGUACCCAAAUCCAUCAGCGACCUCGAACGUCAAAUUGACGUAGCAGCGGCUACCGCCAUUAAGGAAUACGGAAAAGCGGUGCAGGUUUUAAAAAACUAUACGGAUUUAGUUCGAAAAGUUGUUGACACAUCCGUUGAUAAAUUGGAUAACACCAGCUGGACACUGUUACGCAAUCACACCGGUGCACGUGACACUGCUCUAAAAGCGGCGGAGGAAGCGGCAGAAAAUGCACGAGAGCAUAUAGAAAAGUUGAACAAGCUAUUGGAUGGUAGGGAAUUGAAAUGUUCCGAUGAUUUGAAGUCUAAAGCUCGCCAGAAUAUUGCAUCUUAUUUAGAGCAUUUGAAUAAAGCUAAAGAAGAUGUGUACCGGGCCCGUGAUGUUGCAAACAUGGGCGAAAAAUACUGGAAGACGGUGGAAUCAGCGAGAAACUUUUUUAUUGACGAAAUUGAAUCGUUGUUCCCGGGUAUUAAUCUGAAGGAGAAGAAACUAGACUUGUCGAAGGAAGAGCUAGAUUUGUUUAUUCUGCAUGCCUUUACGCAGGUCUCUGCGCACCAGAAGGAACUGCAGAAGCUGCAAAUUGAGGGUGAGCAGCAGUUGAAACGGGCACUGGAAGCUGUUCGGGGCACUGAUCAAAGCGAUGCCGUCAAGGCACAGCUAGAAUACGAAAUAGCGAAGGAAAAGCGUGAAUUGAAUUUGCAAAACCAGAAAAAGCUUCUGGCUAUCCGCGCCGAGUUGGAACGAGACCUGCGCAACCAGAUGAAACGUCAGCUGGACGCCCACGCAGAUCAUUUGGCCGAUGCUAUUGCAAAAAAAGAAGCCGAAAUGAAGCGCAAGUUUGAUCGUGAAUUGAGCGAGAAGGUGACCACCGAACAGAAUGCCUAUCAAUUGCAACUGGCGGCAAUGUACGGGAAACUGAAGGGGAUAGAUACCGCCCUGAAAGAUCGUGCCGAUGCCGAAAGGAGUGCCCACCAGGCGCAGGCCCUAUGGGGAGCCUGCCAGUCGCUUUGGUCCUCGAUUCGGUCUGGUCAGCCGGGCAAGUCGUGGCGUGAACAGUUGCGGCCACUCAAAGAUGAAAUAAGUGCUGUGGGCCGUGCUGCCGAGGGCGAUGAGCUGGUCAGUGUCGUUCUGAAAGGGCUUCCCGAGCAGGCGAAACAACGCGGUGUGUACCCGGAGCACGCCCUGCGGGAACGUUUCAUUAAGGUAGAAGAAGUUUCCCGUCGUCUGGCUCUGAUUCCCGCUGAAGGUGCCCGUUUGCCGAUGUACUUCUUGUCCUACCUGCAGGCUAGCUUAAUCGUUCGACCCAGCGUUCCUAUUUCCAAGGAUGAGCUGGAAGAUAAACCUUUCGAUUUUAACAAGCUUGACACCUACGAUAUUCUAAAUCGCUCUCGCUAUUGGUUAGAUCGGGGCGAUCUGGUACGCACAGUGCAAUACAUGAACCUUCUUAAGGGUGCGUCACGGAAAGCCGCCAUUGAAUGGCUCAAUGAGGCACGUUUGCUGCUGGAAACGCAACAGGCUGCUAGUACUCUUAUGGCUCACGCCGCCUCCAGCGGCAUACGAUUCCUGUAGUGGUGCACUCUGUGUGUUUUAAGUGUAGCAACUAUUCCGACUACCAGCAGCUGCAGCAGAUGUAAGUGAAAAAGUUCAGAGCGAUUUUCGACUUCUCCGAUGAACGAGGCGCCAUCGAUUGUGUUUAGUGUAGUGUAAUGGUUUCAGCUCACCAAUCAAGGUGCUCCUGUUCCUGUUUCUGCCAACCUUACCGCCAUUGAUUGUAUGCAAACAACAAACAGAAAUCAAGUAUUGCCCUAGUGCAAAAAUUUCAUUACAACUAAAUAGAAAAUUGUGCGUUUUAUCCAGCGUAUCCAUAAUGUUCUAUUUUUCGAAAAUGCAUCAAAUUUUGAACGAAAUUAAGGCACGUAUAGGUGAUUGAAAAAAUGUUAUAAACAUUCAAAAAUAAACCUUUGUACCGUAAGGUAGAUUGAUUUAAUAAAGACCAUACCCGUAAAAUCCUAAUGCGCGCAUUUUUACCUUU